UUUACAAAAAAAAAAAAAAAAAAAAAAGUAACCAUUUAAAAUCAGUGCGCAAAAUUUUAUUUAAAAUUGACUUUUUAAAAAACUGGCAAUACAAAAAAGGGGGUAAUAAAGACGAGAUAAAGAUGGCGAGAUAUAGUUGGAGAAACAAUGAAAAUAAUUAUUAUUAAUUGAAGUGAGGGCAAUCUGAGUGACCCAAGUGCUGUGUCCACUUAAACGAAUUAAUUAGUUUAUUUCACGUUAUUUUUUUAAAAAUAAUUAUCAUCGUACAAAUAUACUUACUCAUAUAUAUACAUAUAUAUGUAUAUAGAUAAUAAAUUUUUUAUUUACUCAAAAUUUAAAUUUUAAAAUUCGUUUUCUGAUAUAAAUAAAGUACACAUUUUACAAAGCACACGAGUACAUAUAUGUGGUAAUUUUAAAAUAUAUAUACAUAUGUAUAUGUAAAGUAUGAUUAUAUAUGUUAUUAUAGUGACUAGUUUGUGGUUAAAUUACUUAGGUGUGUGUACAUGAUAAAAAAAAAAGUUGACUAAAAUAGCCGUAAUUAAAAAUAUGACCUUCGUGCUUAGUAGGAUAAUUAAUUGAUUAAUUAAUAAAUAAUAUGAGUAUAUAUAUAAAUAUUUAUAUAAAUUUGAUAGACAAAUGGAUUUUUAAAUAAUAAUGCAAAGUUCUGACAUAAUUAACAAUGAAGAUGCAUUUACUGAGUUUGUUUAUUGGUAUCUAUGGAGGAGUUGCAUUUACAAGUGCACGAACUGAAGAAGAUCAGGCAUCAUCACCUGCAGCAAACACUGAGAUAAGACUCGGUAUUCCACCGCCAGAGAGAUGUUUUUAUCAAGAUGCCUCUGAGUGCCCUAAGAUUGAAAAUGCUGAUGAUUGUCCUUGUAAAAGAAUACCGAUACUGUCGGCUAGUAAUAAUGAGGAAUAUGCUGUCUUUUGUUGCAAUUUAAAUGCUAAGACUUUUGAAACUGGACUUGCUUGUGCUAAUUUCCCGGCUAAUGUAUCAUAUAUUCAUAUAAGAAACGCAACCUUAGAGGCUUUUAAUGUAAGUGAGGUCAAAUGGAGAAGACUCAAAUCACUGGCGAUCACUGACGGUAAAAUAAAUCGUAUCAAAGGUCAAUUUCUUAUGAUGACACCGACCCACUGUUUAAAUCUUUCAAAUAAUGCUCUUACUGAGAUUGAAAAUAAUUCUUUUACAAGAUUAGCUCAAUUAACGAGUUUAGAUUUAUCUUAUAAUAAUAUGACGCAUCUGCCUGCAUUAAAUAUUAUGAAUGGCCGAGAAUUUUGGCUUGACAUUUCCGGAACUAACACACUUUGGUGUCAUGAUGUCUCGCAGUAUAUCAACAAGACAGGAGAUAAACAGAUUAUAUUUAAUCGUGAAAAUGAGACUGUUUGCUCUGCUAGCAAAACUUGGAUAUGGUUCAAUGCUACUGAGCAAGUUCCACUUGAACAAGUCAGAUCAUUGAGUUUGCUUCAAACGGAGUGUCCAAAAGGGGAAACUUGGCAGUGCCAAUGUAGUUUUAACCGACUCAAUAUUGUACAAGGAGAAAAACCAGUGAUGGCUGUUAAAGUUGAUUGUAGUGGUAAUCAAUUGACUAAAUUACCUGAACGUCUUCCGCCGAGCACAAUUGCUCUUAAUGUGUCUUUUAAUAAUAUAACGACACUUGAUGAAAUCAGUACAAAUCCAUGGUACCAAGAUCUUCAAAACUUUUGGGCUGAUUACAAUAAUAUAACGUCCAUUAAUAAAAUUGAAGGAUCAAAAUUUUCAGAUAACUUUGAAAUUUUAAGUCUACGUUAUAAUAAAAUUAAAUCAGUGCCGACAUACAUUUUAGUCCCUAAUGUGUAUAAUAAAAAUCAUUUGAGCCACCGAUACGUCAAACUCGGUGGCAAUAAAUUACUUUGCAAUUGUAAUACGGCAAAAUAUUUAAAAGCUUGGUUACAAACGAAUAUACUUGAUCCUGACGAAGUUCUUUGUGAAAAUGUUAAGGAAAAAGUAGUUGAUUUAGAACCGUCCAAGAUGUGUGUUCACCCUGGUGACUGGACAGACUAUAUAUAUUAUUUAAUAGCAUUUGAAACGUUGAUGCUGAUAAGUCUUAUUGCUAAAGUAUCCUAUGACUAUUGGGUUUUUAAAACAGCAGGAUAUUUACCUUGGCCGGCAAAUAAAAUGCCAAAAUUACCUUGCGAUUGGCUGUGCGAGGCAUAGAUUAAUUAUAUAUAUAUAGAUUUAUUUAUACAUAAAGUUAUAUAAUAUUUUUUAAAUAAUUUACUAACAAUUGUUAUAUUAAUAGUAUAUUGUGUGACGAGGGAUGAAAACGAUUUCAGACCAGGGUGAAGUUGGACAUCACCCGCAGUCAAAAAUUGGGUUUUAUUCUGUGUUGCACACAAUUUUUUUUAUGAUUACCUGCAUUGGAAUUUAAAGUUUCCCACAAAAUUUUAACUUUUAGAGUUGAAGGUGGAAGUGUAUGCGAUUUUUCCCCAGAUCUGUACCUAAGAGUUCAAAUUUUUGCCACUGAUUGUGGCGUAUGCGCUUGUACACGUGGGUUGGAAUGUCCUACUUCACUUCCUUGGUGUGUAAUAUACUAAUAUUUUUUACCAAGAGUCAAAACAAGUGUGUUUCUGCACGUUGACUGGAAGUAUUCGUAAUUGAUGCGUUUGCUAGACACUGAAACUUUGAGUUUUGAUGCUGGUAUCAUGAAAAAAAAUUUUAUAAUUAUUAACCAUAUUGAUAAUCAAAUAAGUGAUAUUUUAAAAAUAAAUAUAUGUAUAACUUUUAGCAGGAUAUUUUUAUACACUGAUAUUAAUCGUUAAUUACUAAUUGUAUACCUUUUGUUAUUAAUUAUUUUUACAUAAAAAACAAAUCAAUUAAUUGAUCAGACUGAUACUCUUGUUAAAUUUUUUUUAAAUCAACAUGAUAAAU